CCAGCUCACCCUCUUCACGUAGUUGGUUUGGCCCUGCGUAUGCUGCUUCCCUUCAGUGAUUUAGGACUGGAAGUUAUCCUGGCAGGGGGACAGCAAUUUCGGAGGAGCUAGGUUGGAGAGGCUUGCUUUUCAGAACUAGGGAGCCUUUGGGAACGGUGGCUGCGUGAUACCUUUUAGUCUCCUAUGGAAUGGUUGAAACCCGAGAAGAUGAAGAGCAAAAUAUUAAGUUAGCUGAAAUCUUAGAGCUGCUGGUAGCAGCUGGAUACUUCCGGGCAAGAAUCAAAGGGCUUUCCCCCUUUGAUAAGGUAGUAGGCGGCAUGACUUGGUGCAUUACAACAUGCAGCUUUGACAUUGAUGUGGACUUGCUGUUUCAGGAAAACUCAACCAUUGGUCAAAAAAUUGCCUUAACUGAGAAAAUUGUGUCAGUCUUGCCAAAAAUGAAGUGCCCUCAUCGCCUGGAGCCUCAUCAAAUACAGGGGCUGGAUUUCAUCCACAUAUUUCCUGUUGUACAGUGGCUGGUGAAACGUGCCAUAGAAACCCGAGAAGAAAUGGGAGAUUAUAUUCGCUCAUAUUCCAUAUCUCAGUUUCAAAAGACACAUAGCCUCCCUGAGGAUGAUGACUUCAUGCAAAGAAAAGAGAAGGCUGUCAAAGCAGUUGGUGAGAUCUCUGAGGUCUACAAGCCACAGAGGAAAUACAAACGUCAAGCAGGAGCAGAAACAUUAGUCGAUGAGGAAUCUAAAGUUCACGCCACCCUUCUGGAAUAUGGCAGGAGGUACGGAUUCAGCAGACAAGGAAAAAUUGAGAAGGCUGAAGAAAAGAAAAUGGUGCUGCCUGCAGGGAUUGCAUCAGUAGGGAAGAUUGAGACCUAUACUGAAGAUGACCUUCAAGCUGCAGAAGAGCUUCGUAUUAAAACUCUGAUGACCGAGAUGGCGGCAAUGGGAACAGAAGAGGGCAGGCUGACUGCAAGCUCUGUCGGCCAGAUCGUUGGACUUCAAUCGGAUGAGAUCAAGCAGAUUGUGUCCGAAUAUGCUGUAAAGCAAUCGGGACUUUCUGCAGAAGAGCGUCCAGAAAGACUUGGCGCUGCCCAGCAGCACAGAAGGAAGGUUGCAUCUCUAAACAAGCAGAUCUUACAGAAAACCAAACUACUGGAUGAAUUGCAGGCUAAAUCUGCUGAUCUGCAAGCAGGAUGUAAUGAGGCUAAGAAGACACUGAAUGAGGUUAAGAAUUAUAGUGAAAAACUGGACAAGGAGCUGGCAGCCUUAGAAACGGUGGAAUCCCAAGCAGAUUCGAAUGUAUUGCAGAAACUUCGAGCACUGGUGGCAAUGAAUGAGAAUCUCAAAAGUCAAGAGCAAGAAUUCAGAGCGCACUGCAGAGAAGAGAUGGCACGCCUCCAGCAGAACAUUGAAAGUUUGAAAGCGGAAGCAGCUGGAAAUGGAGAGGAGAAGGAACCUGCUAAAAUUAUAGACCAGCAAUACAAAAUGGAGAAAGAGAAAUUGCAAAAGAUCAGACUGCUUCUGGCCCGACGAAAUAGAGAAAUUGCCAUUUUGCAGCGCAAGAUUGACGAAGUACCCAGCAGAGCUGAGUUAACACAGUACCAGAAGAGAUUUAUUGAACUUUAUGGCCAGGUAUCGGCAACUCACAAAGAAACAAAACAGUUCUUCACCCUCUAUAACACACUGGAUGAUAAGAAGGUUUAUUUGGAAAAGGAGGUUAACUUGCUGAAUUCGAUUCAUGACAAUUUCCAACAAGCCAUGGCCUCAUCUGGUGCUCGAGAGCAGUUUUUGCGGCAGAUGGAGCAAAUUGUGGAAGGGAUUAAGCAGAAUCGAAUGAAGAUGGAGAAGAAGAAGCAAGAAAACAAAAUGCGAAGAGACCAGUUAAAUGAUGAAUACCUGGAGUUGCUAGAGAAACAGAGGCUUUACUUCAAAACAGUCAAAGAAUUUAAAGAGGAAUGCCGUAAAAAUGAAAUGCUUCUGUCCACGUUGAAAGGCAGAACGUGAAGAGUUUCAGACAGUGACUUGUUUGUACGCUUGACAGGUUGUCAUUCUGUAUAACCACCCCCUCCACAUUUUGACCUAAUCUUCGACUAAAUUUAUUCAUUUAAACUGUAAAGGUUUAAUGAAGUACAGCAGACAAAAAAGAAAAUUACUCUCUUCUUUGAUUUCUUAUGUAAACAAGACUAAAGACUGGCAUUCUUUCCUACUUUGAUUUAUCUUUGCACUACUUAAUGUUUCAUGAAAAUACAUAUAUGUUAGAAAAUGUGUAUUGUUUAAAAAAUAAAAAAGAAUAAAUCAAGAUGCAUUAAAGCAAACCA